CAGGAAAAGUUUGUAAAAGCCCUUGAGACUGUCUGUCCGUGGUGAGGGAACCAUGCAGCUGCCUUGGCUUCUGUCUCCUGAAGAUGUGCAUCCAAGCAGAUGAGGAUAGGGGAGUUCCAGGCUGCUUCCUUAGCCUUGAGGCGGUGGGCUGCUGCAGUAACUGAACUGGGCACAGACCUCCUGCUCUGCCCUGUGAGCGUGUCAGGAAAAUCCACAAACACCAGAGGUUUAUGUCUAAAAAGGAGAUAGAGGUGUCCUUCAGCUUUAUUUGAAUAAAGGGAGAGAGUCCACUGGGCCACACAUCCCCGGGGUUUUCUCUCUCGAGGUUUCAAAGGGCUCAGCUCCCCUUUUAUUCCAACUCCCAGCCACGUGUUUCCCUCUUCCUUUCCCCACUGGCCGAGGUACUAGGAAGGUGCAGCCUUCCUGAACCACCCGCCCCAUAUCCCCAUUAAACCUGGCACUUCACCCCAAAGUUCAGCAGCUCAGGCUCCUGCAGACCCCACUUGUCUCUUUCAGGAGCCAAACUGCCCAAAGUCAAUAGAGAUGUUAAGACCCAUUUCAAAGAUAUUUAUACCCAUCAAAUUGUUUGUUAGAGCAUUAAUUAGUACAUGUGGUUGGGAGCCCCAGGUGAGCCCCAUUGCUCUCCAGGGUGGUGUGGUGAGGCCUCACCUGGGUCUUGUACAGACAUGAGUGAUAUUGGGGGUUGUUCCACACCCAGCACCUCCCAAAACCAGCACGCUGGGGCCACUGGAUCGGGGGCUGGGGUUGCUUGGAGCAGGGCAGCAAGGAUUGACCUCUCUGGAGAGGGCACAGAUGCUGUAGUCAUCCUGGAAAAGACUCCUUUCCAGGAGGAGAAGAUCCCAGACCUGCUGAAGAAGCCCAUGAACGCGGAGCUGCGGAUGCACAAUGACAUUUACUGCACGUUCUACCUGAGCCCUCCCCCGGAGCUGAGUGAGAUCAAAGCUACAGUGGUGUACCCUGCCACGGAGAAGCACAUCCAGAAAUACCUCCGUCAGGAAGUGCACCUCAUCCGUGAAACCUGGGAGGACUACAAGAACAUAACCCUGCCCUUCAUCCAGUCCCAGAGCUUCAGCAUCCAGUGGGUGUAUAAUAUCCUGGAGAAGAAAGCUGAGGCUGAUCGAAUCGUCCAUGAAAACCCUGAUCCUUCCAAUGGCUUUGUUCUGGUUCCAGAUUUAAAGUGGAAUCAAAACCAGUUGGAUGAUCUGUACCUGAUCGCCCUCGUGCACCGCAGGGAGAUCAAGUCUCUGCGGGAUCUCACGGCCGAGCACCUCCCGCUGCUGAGGAACGUCCUGCAGGAAGGGAAGGAGGCCAUAGUGAAGCGCUUCGGCGUGCCCGGCUCCCAGCUGCGGAUCUACCUGCACUACCAGCCCUCCUACCAGCACCUGCACGUGCAUUUCACCGCGCUGGGCUACGACGCGCCGGGCAGCUCCGUGGAGAGAGCCCAUCUCCUGGCCGAUGUCAUCGACAACCUGGCCAUGGACUCCAGCUACUACCAGAAACGGGCUCUGACCUUCCCCCUGCGGGCUGAUGAGCCCCUGUUUAAGAAAUUCCAGGAGGCAGGAAAAGUGUGAGGAGGCAGAGGUGCUUUUGUAUAUAUAUAUUUUUUUUCAAUAAAUACCCAUUUUCGGGCUUUUUUUUUAAGGUUGUGUUCCUUUUCUGUUUUUAAACUCUGUUUUUGUACAAGGUGGGGCUGAUGAUCCUUUGCUAUGGAAACCGUGUUGUCUGUUCAAGUCCAUUAAAAAAAACAUUGAUUGAAUAAA